AUGUUUCAAGGGCAGCGGGGUUGGUUCUGUGGCAGCGUCGGCCGAGAACUGAGGCAGUUCUGGGUGGCCGAAGGGGGCUCCAUCAAUGACCCAAAGGACGCCGACUUCUUGUUCAGCUGUGAUGCCUCCCACCCAGACACACUGAGAAUAUAUCAGAGCCUUGAUUACAUAGAAGAUAAUGCUACAGUUUUUCACGCCUACUAUCUCUCUGCAGUAGCUAAUGCUGAAAUGAAAAACUCGGUGGCUUUAGGUCAUUUCAUUCUUCCUCCUGCAUGCUUGCAAGAAGAAAUAAGAAGAAAACUUGGUAGUUUUAUUUGGGAACAAGACCAACAUAUUCAGAGAGAGAAGCAUGAUGAAGUAAUACCAAAUGAAAUAAAAGUCCUUAGGGAAAGCAGUGAACUAGCAACAGAUCAAGAAAAAGAAUUAUCCAAAAGCACAGAAAAGCAUUUUAUAAGGACUCCAGUUACAGAAAAGCAGAUGUACUUCCCUCUUCAGAAUUAUCCUGUGAACAACAUGGUAACAGGUUAUAUAUCAAUUGAUGCCAUGAAGAAAUUCCUUGGGGAGCUACAUGACUUCAUUCCUGGAAGCUCAGGAUAUUUGGCAUACCAUGUUCAAAAUGAAAUUAACAUGUCUGCUAUAAAAAACAAAUUGAAGAGAAAAUGUUAAGUUAAAUUUUCUUUAUAUCUAGGCAUUUAUUUUUUCUGAAAUUUCACCAAAGAUGUGCAUAAUUUUAUAUUCUCCCCUUUGGGAGAGGGGAAUGGGGAAAUGAGGGAGAAUUCUGUUUCUUUCUCAAAAUGUGUCUUCCGGAAUUUCAGAGUCAUUCUGGCUCCAUGAUUUGACAUUUGAGCU